UACUAUUGCCCAAGAGACUGGGAGGAUUGAUCUCUCGAAAAGAAGUCGGGAGGGCUCGCGAGAUCUCAGAACACCCGACCCGAGAGGUUCUCAGGAAGUUCAAGCGCCCAGAGGAGGCCCCUGGGCAAAUGGCUGGAGCUGGGCCGACAAUGUUACUACGAGAGGAGAAUGGCUGUUGCAGUCGGCGUCAAAGCAGCUCCAGCGCCGGGGUUAGCGCGGCCUCGGGCUCGGAGAUUGAGGAGCAGUCGGGCACCAAGAUGGGGGUUCGAGGGGGAACUGCAGCUCCCGGCAGCCUCUGGGCUUCGUGACUCGGACGGGGAUCAUGAGGAUUCUCCAGCUCCGCGUGCCCGGCAGCAACUGGAGGCGCUGCUCAACAAGACUAUGCGUAUUCGCAUGACAGAUGGGCGGACACUAGUCGGCUGCUUCCUCUGCACGGACCGCGACUGCAAUGUCAUUCUGGGCUCGGCACAGGAGUUCCUCAAGCCGACGGAUUCCUUCUCUGCUGGGGAACCCCGUGUGCUGGGUCUGGCCAUGGUACCGGGACACCACAUCGUUUCUAUUGAGGUGCAGAGGGAGAGCCUGGCAGGGCCCCCAUAUCUCUGACCACAGUCGCGCAUGUCUUCGAGAGUUCAUUAAAUCUCUGACUGAA